AUGGAGAGAGAUUGUGUGACAAUGAUUGAGGCAAGGUUAGGGAGAGUCGUAGGGUUUGUUUGUGAAGCAGUUUCACAAGAGAAGGCGAAAUUAUGCUAUUCUGAUGUUUGGGUCCACCAGAUUGACCAGGCCUGUGGGAGGUGUGUGGAGGUUGCGGUCAACGAGCCGCAGGUUGUGAUCGGGGGAGAGAAAACUUUCACAUUCGACGAGGUCUUCGACUCCCAUGCUCCCCAGCAGGAAGUUUACAACAAGACAGCCCAGCCUCUGCUGGAUUCCUUCUUCGAGGGCAUCAACGUGACUAUCUUCGCCUAUGGACAGACCGGUUCUGGCAAGACCUUCACCAUGGGCACCAACAGCCGGGCAGCGGAGGAGAACGAGAGCGUUGGGAUCAUUCCAAGAAUGGUGGGAGAGAUCUUCUCGCGGAUCAAGGAGGAGGAGAAGGAUGGGAACUGCCGUCACCUCUUGCGAGUGAGCUUCCUGGAGAUUCACAACGAUGACAUCCGAGACCUGCUCGACCCCAGCUCGAAGGUCUGCUCGCUCCGGGAGGACAACACAGGAGCUGUCAUCGUAGCCGGCCUCGAAACUUUCCAAACUUCCUCUGCUGACGACGUGAUGUCAUGGCUGCACAAGGGAUCUCUCAACCGAGCGACUGGCAGCACCUGCAUGAACCUGUCGGGCUUACAAUCCUCGCGCUCUCAUGCUGUCUUCACCAUCACGAUGGAGAAGAUCUACUGUGGCACUGCCGGCGAGGAAGGAGGAGCCUCAAGUCCAGCAGGAACAGACGUCGUCGCUCGCCUCCACCUCGUGGACUUGGCUGGAAGUGAGAGGGCAAAGAGAACGAAAGCUGAGGGGCAGCGCCUCAAGGAAGGAAUCAACAUCAACAAGGGCCUCCUGGCGCUAGGCAACGUGAUCUCAGCCCUGAGCGAGAAGGCAGAGGGAGGGGCAAACGGCCACGUGCCGUACAGAGACUCGAAGCUUACCCGCAUGCUCCAAGACUCGCUAGGAGGCAACAGCAAGACCAUGAUGAUCGCCUGCGUCUCCCCAGCAGACUGCAACUUCGAGGAGACGCUCAACACGCUCAAGUACGCCAACAGAGCGAAGAACAUCAAGAACAAGCCCGUCGUCAACGUCUCCUCCUCCAACGCCGAGGUCGCCGCGCUCAGAGCUUACAUCCAGCAGCUCGAGGCUCAGGUGGCUGCGGGAGGAGGAGGUGGAGGAGGAGGAGGAAAGCCUCAAGUGCCGGCGGGGGGAGACGCGACUCGAGUCAAGGAGCUCGAGGAGGAGCUGAGGUGGCCGAACUGGAAGGAGGAGGAGGAGCUGACGGGAGGCAGGCGGCUCAAGGAGGAGCUCCAGUCCACCUCACUUGAGCUGAGCCGCAGGACCCGCCGAGCGCUCCAGCUAGAGAUCCAGUUUGACAAGCUGAGAAUCAAGUUCCAGGGGCUCUGCCAGCAGCAGGGGCUUAGCUGGGAGGAGGAGGCGAGCUUCUCGGUACGCCUGCUGGCGGGCCGAGCAGCCGGGGAGAAGCGACUCUGCGCGCUCAAGGAAGCGGACGAGAAGGAGCUGCAGAGGAUGCGGCAGCAGGUGGACGAGCUGCAGGCCCAGCUGUCCACCGCCUCUGCGGCCUCUAAGGAGACGGAGAAGCUGGAGACUCUCGAGCUGCAGCUCGCAGCCGCAAAGAAGAGAGUGACUGAGCAGGAGAAGAUGCUGCGACUGAAGCAGAACAGCGACAGAAGGAUAGCGGAACUGAGCGCAGACAUCGAGGGUAUGAAGCAGGCCAAGGUGAAGCUGCUGCGGAAGAUGAAGAUGGAGUCCGACCGAUUCAAAGAAUGGCGAGCCCAGCACAGCAAGGAGGUUUUGAUGCUCAAGAGGCAGCAGAAGCAAGCGGAGCAUCAGGCUCACAAGUUUCAGUUGCAGCUGGACAAGCAGCAGGUGGUGUUGAAGCGAAAGAUGGAGGAGGCAGCAGCUGCCAACAUGCGGCUGAAGAGACUGCUGGAGGCGAAGAGCUCGAAGGGAGAAAAGGAGGAGAAGGAGGGGAACCUUGAGCAGUGGUUUGAGCAAGAAAUCUCCUUCUGUGUCGAGGUUCGAAGGAUUCGCAACGCGCUCACGGAGCAGAUGAGUCUUCGCUCCCAGCUGCAUGCCGAGCUGCAGCAGGCGAAGGAGCUGCUGGAGCAGGAGGAGCCCAAGAGCGGCGGCCAGCCGACGACGAGCUCGCUGCGAGAGAAGCUCUCGAGCCUGCAGAGCCGCUGGCAGCAGAGGGGGAGGGAGGAGGAGCAGAAGGAGGACGGGAAGGAGAAGCUGCGGGCGAGGACGGAGGAGCUCGGGCAGCAGGUGCAAGCCUGCUCGCAGCAGAUUGGGGAGCUGCAACGUCAGCUGCUGGGGGUGGAGGGGAACAACGACAGAGAGAGAAACGUCGCGCUCAACUGCCCGCACCUGCGAUCCAUCCAGGAUGCCAAGAAGUCAGUUCGAUUUCUUUUUUCUCUCUGCAUCAAGUCAGAACUUGAAGCUGCUCUCAACUCCUCCCAGGUGUCGGAGCAGGACGAGGAAGUGAUGCGGCUCAAGGCAGAGGUGGAGGAGCUGGAGAAAGAACUGAGGGAGACGAGGAACCAAUACUCCAUCGCCUCCCUCAAGCAGGAGCAGCAGGCUGAGCAGAAGACUCUCCUCCUCCUCUCCAGCAUGUCUGCCAGAUCUAGGAUGCAGGAGGAGGCGCAGAAAGAGCUCGAGAGGAAGGAGCAAGAGCUGAAGGAGGCCAAGAGCUCUGCGAAGCCACCCAAGAAGAAAGCUCCCCCGAAGGUUGAAGUUGUGAUCGAGUCGGAGAGCUCGGAGGAGGAGGAGCCUGCGGAAGAGGAGCUCGAGUCGGACGACGAGUGGGUGCCGACGGCCAAGGGAGGGCGCAGGAAUGAGCAGAGGAAGCGGCGAGGAAGAACGUCGGAGGGGUCGGAGGCAGGGUCUGUGAAGGGGGAGCGCGAGGUAGGAGAGGAGCGCGAGGGAGGAGAGGAGGGGGAGGGAGGAGAGGAGAAGAUCCCGGGGGUAGAGGAGCUGCAGGCCAUGAAAGUGCCGACGCUCAAGGAGCUAUGCGGGAGGAAGGGGCUCAAGAAGACGGGGAAGAAGGAGGAGCUCGUCGCUCGACUGGUGGAGCUGCAUCGCUCGCAGACUGUUGGAGAGAAGGAGGAGGAGGAGGCCGAACUCUCCUUCGCCCCCUCCGACACCAGCAAUGUCACUUCCAGGCACUCUGUCGAGCGAGCCAACGAGGUGCUCAAGGGGCUCGAGGCCUCAGCCGAUGAAGUGGCCGGGCUGGUGGGAUCCCAGGAGGAGGAACGGGAAGGAACAGCAAGCGAAGAGAACGAGCGCGAGCGAGGGUGGAGCGGAGAAUGGACUAGCGGGGAAGCCUUCGGAGAAGCUCUCGCUGCCUCUUCCUCUUCCUCCAACCUCGAGACUGAAUUCUCCCUCGCCAUCGAGAAGAUGCAGGCCUACAUCGACCUGACGGCUCGCAAGCCUGCCGCCAGCAGGGGCCCUGACAAGCCUCGCGCUACCAGCAAGGCGCCAGCUGGAGGAGGUGGAGGUCCGCUCAAGUCGCUCUCGGGCCACAUGAAGCGCGAGAGGAAAGAAGAAGAGAAAGUCCUUGUCCUCCAGUAA